CAACUCGUCCGCGAUAUUCGCGUGCAGCUACCCGUCCUCUCGCCCUCUCGAGUUUCGCGUAGCCACAUCUGUCGCCCCCGCUUCCCUCUCUUCUUUUCUUCUUCUUUUUAUUCUUCUUCUUUUCUCUGUUUCAUUGUGAGAACCUCGGCCCUGAGGAGACGGAUGCGUGUAUAGCAUCCCAGAGAGAUGGACAAGAAGAUUCUGGUGACCGGCGGGGCUGGCUACGUAGGCAGCCACACCGUUCUCCAGCUUCUUCUUGGAGGAUUCAAGGUCGUCGUCGUCGACAACCUUGACAAUUCGUCGGAAACGGCAAUCUCUCGAGUCGCGGUGCUCGCCGGUGAAUUCGGCCGGAACCUUACAUUUCACAAGCUUGAUCUGAGGGACAAAGCAGCAUUAGACCGGGUCUUUACUUCAUCAAGUUUCAAUGCUGUCAUCCACUUUGCUGGAUUGAAAGCGGUGGGCGAAAGUGUGCAGAAACCACUACUCUACUAUAACAACAAUUUAAUCGGCACAAUAACUCUUCUGGAAGUCAUGGCAGCACAUGGAUGCAAAGAGCUUGUCUUUUCAUCUUCUGCCACUGUGUAUGGAUGGCCAAAAAAAGUUCCUUGUACUGAAGAUUUCCCACUAUGUGGAAUGAACCCAUAUGGUCGAACCAAGUUUUUUAUUGAAGAAAUUUGCCGUGAUAUGUAUCGUUCAGAUCCUGAAUGGAAGAUUAUACUGCUUCGAUAUUUUAAUCCAGUGGGUGCUCAUCCUAGUGGCUUCAUUGGUGAAGAUCCUAGUGGAAUUCCAAAUAAUCUGAUGCCUUUUGUGCAACAAGUUGCUGUCGGAAGGAGACCUACUUUGACCGUCUAUGGAAAUGAUUAUUCAACAAAAGAUGGCACUGGGGUUAGAGACUACAUUCAUGUUGUUGACUUAUCAGAUGGGCAUAUUGCUGCAGUGAGAAAGCUAUUUGAAGACUCUAACAUUGGUUGUGAAGUGUACAACUUAGGCACUGGAAAAGGGACUUCAGUUCUGGAGAUGGUAACUGCGUUCGAGAAAGCCUCUGGGAAGAAAAUACCUCUUGUCAUGGCUGGAAGGAGAGGUGGUGAUGCUGAAAUAGUAUAUGCGUCAACGGAGAAAGCAGAACGUGAAUUGAACUGGAAGGCAAAAUUCGGCAUUGAAGAAAUGUGUCGGGAUCAGUGGAAUUGGGCGAAUCGGAAUCCUUGGGGUUAUGGAUCACCUGACGAUCAGAACUGAAAAGUCAAAGCAAUACAUCAUAUGUCUCACUAACCGACCUGCUUAUAUUCUGUAUGAUGCAUAACUCAGUUGCCUCCGCUUACCAUGUCCAUCUUUGAAGCUGGAAGUACUCAGAGCCCAUACUAAGGAUGCUUUGUGCUAUAGCGAAUAAUAUUCACCAUUUGAAUC